GCGCUCGGUAGGUGAUUAGUAAUGCCUGGCGUCUGUCAAAAUGGCUGCGCUUUAUUAUUUUUCCAUAUUUAAAUAUUCAGCGGCUUUUUCAUCCAUAUAUUAGGUGGUUACAUUUAAUAAUACUUAGAAAAACACAUCUUUAACACUGCACUUCGCUGAAGUGUAUAAACCGGCUAUAAGGAUAGUGACGCUGGAUCUAAUGCCUCCAUGUGCUCUAUAACCCAUUAACUAUGAUGGCUGCCCUACAAUAACUGUUGCAAAUGAAAAUGGAUGAUAUGUCUCUGUCAGGCCUGGAUAACACCAAGCUAGAGGCCUUGGCUCAUGACAUAUACUCAGACUUGGUGGAAGAUGCAUGUUUGGGGCUUUGUUUUGAAGUGCACCGAGCUGUCAAGCAAGGCUACUUUUUCCUGGACGAGAUGGACCAAGAAAGCAUGAAAGAUUUUGAAAUUGUGGACCAGCCAGGUUUGGACAUAUUCGGACAAGUGUACAACCAGUGGAAGAAUAAGGAGUGUGUGUGCCCCAACUGUAACAGAAGCAUAGCAGCCUCACGAUUCGCCCCUCAUCUGGAAAAAUGUUUGGGGAUGGGGCGCAAUAGCAGUCGCAUCGCCAGCCGCAGGAUAGCCAGCAGCAACAACACAAGCAAGUCAGAAAGUGACCAAGAGGACAACGAUGACAUCAAUGACAACGACUGGUCAUAUGGUUCAGAAAAGAAACCCAAGAAGAGGAAGUCAGACAAGAAUCCAAAUUCCCCCAGAAGGUCCAAGUCGCUAAAACAUAAAAAUGGUGAGCUCAGCAGCAGCGUAAAUCCAGAUCUGUACAACAAGUACUACAGUUCUGGGAUCAGCUAUGAGACUCUGGGGCCAGAGGAGCUCACAUUUCUCCUGACCACGCAAUGUGGGGUCGUAUCAGAGCACACUAAAAAGAUGUGCACACGGUCCCAGCGCUGUCCCCAGCACACAGACGAGCAGAGGAGGGCAGUCAGAGUUUUUCUCCUGGGGUCGUCCGCGUCAACACUGCUCGACCCCGAAUCAGUGCUAGAUAAUGACGGGUAUGAAACUCCUGAUGGACAGCUAAUCAUGUCCCGCCUCCAGUGGGAUGGCUCAUCUGACAUCUCACCUUCAGACUCUGCGUCCUCCAAAGCCAGUACCAAUAACUCAGACUCUAAGAGACCUAAGAAAAAGAAGAAGCCUAGCUCUCUACUUGUGAGUGGUGCUGGAAUGUGUGAGAGGGAAAAAACAGGAGAGCGAGGAGAACGAGAGAGAGGAGGAGGAGGAGGAAGCAGCAGUGUGACUGGACUGGGUGCGGCAGGCACUAGCAGCAGCGGCAACUCCCAGAAUGCAUUUGCCCUGUCAAAUCGUAAGAAGAGGCCCAGACCUCCACCACCGCCAGCUCCUAAUAUUUAUGAUGACCUGAUGAACUAAAAGCAUAACCCACCAUUAAACUCCAUCAUGAUCGUUACACUGAUUUUUUUUUCUUUGCUGUUUUAAAUCAGGAUUUGUGUUGGCAUAUGUGUCACGUGCACUUGAAUAUCGGGGUUACGUCGACUUGUGGUUGGUAGAAAUGUGCUGUAGCAUGUCUGGACUAAAGUGAAGCAAUAUGCGUGUGAUGGAUAAUUUAAAAUCAUUCUAUUAACGGUUUGGCUUCAAAAACCACAAAAAAAAUGUCGCUGCCUCUCAAUCGACGAUGCCGAUUCAGAACAGUCCUACAGCGUCUUACUAAAUAAUGCUUCUUUGAUAAUCACUGUUGUAGCUUCAGGCCAAAUUAUUCUCUUUCAAUCAACAUGCUAUUAUUAUUUAGUACACAUUGCACUAUUUAUUUACAGUGUAAAAUUUAGUGUUAGUGAUCCUCGAGUGGUCUGGAAAUGUGCACGUUUAUCUCUUUUUGGUCAUGAGAGCACUUACUUCAUCUCGUUUUACACUGAAGCACUAAAAAAUAGCACGUCUUCUAAGUAAUGUAAAUGCACUUCGUUUGGAGUAAAUACAAAGCGUUAUUGUUGUUUUUAUUUCAUCUUUUAUUUUUGUAAUUUGUGGAUUCAGAUUUAAAGUCUGUAUAAACGUUUGUGUGAUGGCGGAAGAGAAGAUUCUACCAUUGCUUAUCUGUACAUAGGAAGUUGUGCUGUGUUUAUGGAUGUGUUGUAAUUUUUCAAUGCUGGCGUUGGUUCUGUCCCUUCUUCCUGAACAUCCUGUGGUAUUGUAAAUAAAGCCUGAUGUAUCUCAGGACCAUGUCUCA